AUGGCGCAGCCCAGCAAGGAGCCGUGCAAGAAGGAGGCGUGCGACAUCCAGGCCUGCCUCUCCAAGAACCUCUUCGAUUCCAAGAAGUAUUUGAAAGUUAUUCAGUCACUACAAUCUUGUUGUGAGCAAUGCGAGUACAAAUCAACACAUUGUGGUUCUUUGUCGGGCUUGCUCAAAAACAUUUCAAAGUGA